AUGUGUGGGGACAAAGUACAGAGGAAACCUCUGGGGCUCAUCGCCGCUGCGUGCAACAACAUGGGAAUAGGACAAAAUGGACAGUUGCCAUGGCAUUUACCUACAUACUAUCUGGGUGGCCCACAGGUCUUUCAGAACGCCCUGAUGCAUCCCUGGUGUGACCUUGUCUACCUCACUGACAUCAUGGCUGACUUCCACUGUGAUGUCUUCUUCCCGCAGUUUGACCAAAGCAUUUUUAGAAAACAAGAGAGGUUUCCUGGAGUACCAAAUGACAUUCAAGAGGAGAAUGGGGUUACAUUUCAAUUUGAACUUUUCAAGAGGGAGAUCUGUGGAGCUGAAUAAAUACAAACGUUCUGACUAUUCUUUGUCAGACCUUCAGUGCCUUUUUUAACUGGCAUUGUGGAUUGAGAUGUUAAGUUGAUGUCGGUUUCUACCCAUGUAUAUCCCGUUUGAUUUUUAUCAUGUUUAUUCAGAUCUACUCGUGAAACUAACAUAAAAUGUAGUGAAGAACUGUAUGAAUGCACUAAACAAUGUUUACUACACCACAUACAAUAAGAAGGGUAUCCUACCGGAACCUUGUGUUCUGUUGUCCAGUGCAAUUCUAAUAAAAAAUCAUUAUCCAUUUGUAUAUUACAAAUGCCCCACUCA